UCCUCCUUGAGUCGCCGCUGCUUCAGAAACAAACCAGAGGAGCAAUGGGACGAGUCAUCCGUGCUCAGCGUAAGGGUGUCGGCUCCGUCUUCAAGUCCCACACUCACCACCGCAAGGGACCGGCCCGCUUCCGCUCGCUCGACUUCGGCGAGAGGAAUGGCUACCUUAAGGGCGUCGUGACGGAGGUCCUUCACGAUCCCGGCAGGGGUGCGCCGCUCGCUAGGGUGACCUUCCGCCAUCCUUUCCGCUACUAGAAGCAGAAGGAGCUGUUCGUCACCGCCGAAGGGAUGUACACGGGACAGUUCGUGUACUGCGGUAAGAAGGCCAACCUAAUGGUCGGAAACGUAUUGCCUCUCAGAUCUAUCCUAGAGGGAGCAGUCGUUUGCAACGUCGAGCACCACGUUGGUGAUCGUGGAGUCUUCGCUAGGUGCUCCGGCGAUUAUGCCAUCGUUAUCAGCCACAACCUUGAUAAUGACACCACUAGGGUCAAGCUUCCAUCUGGUGCUAAGAAAAUCGUUCCCAGUGGUUGCCGUGCCAUGAUUGGGCAAAUUGCUGGAGGAGGAAGGACUGAGAAACCUAUGCUCAAGGCUGGUAAUGCUUAUCACAAGUACAGAGUGAAGAGGAACUGCUGGCCCAAGGUGCGUGGUGUGGCUAUGAAUCCAGUCGAGCAUCCUCAUGGUGGUGGUAACCAUCAACAAAUAAAAAAAACCAUCUAA